GUGACCGUACCACAUUCUCCAUUGCACCACAUUCUCCAUUUCACCAUCAAUUUUUUUGACCCAAGUCUGGAUUUCCAUUUUCAAUACUCCCGAGCAGACUAGCAGGAAAUAUCUAUUCCUUCGUCAAAUAAAUUUUUUAUGAUCAAACAGUUUCUGGGUUAAUCUUUUUCUCUCUCCUAACCUACAUCAUGGACAAUUCAGCAGGGAAUUCUCAGGAGGUGAUGGUGCCUCCUGUUGAAGGUGUUGCGGGUGGAGGAACUUCGUAUGGAUGGAGUGAUGGGGGCGCUUAUGUUUCGAGUUUGAUGAAGGGGGACAUUGAUCCUUUAGAAGUUCCAUCUUCUGAAUUACUGAAUGUUUGGUGCAUGCCUAGUACCGCGAACGUUGGGUCACAGGAGAUGCCUAGGCAUUUAGAGCCAGUAAAUCUGCUGGCUGCUAGAAAUGAGAGAGAAAGUGUUCAAGUAGCUUUACGCCCAAAAGUUACAUGGGGUAGUUCUGGUAUAGCUGGAACUGUACAAGUGCAGUGUAAUGACCUUAUAUCUGCUUCAGGGGAUCGGUUGGUUACGGGUCAAUCCCUAAAGGUCCGACGAGUAGUGCCGAUUUUAGGGGUUCCAGAUGCUCUUGUACCUCUUGAUCUUCCGUGCUCCCAGUUACACCUAUUUCCUGGAGAAACAACAGCGUUAUGGAUUUCCAUUGAUAUACCAAGUGAUCAACCCCCAGGCAUGUAUGAGGGGGAGUUAUACAUCACUGCUGUGAAGGCUGAUGCACCAUUCAGAGCACCAUGCAUGGGCAAGGCGGAAAAGCACCAACUAUUUAGAGAAUUGAGGGACUGUCUUGAGCUCGUGGAACUAGUUGAUUGUAACACAAUGGAUGAAGUGGUUGACAGAGUAAAAUCUGCUACGUCAAAUCUGAGACGAGCUCUGCUAUCUCCAUCCUUUUCAGAGUGCUUGUCGGAUAAUGGGGCUGUCGAUUCGAUGGACGAAGAUGCUAUUUCAAAUCAUUCUGUUUGUGUAAAAAUUAGCUUGACAGUGUGGGACUUCGUGCUUCCUGUUACACCUUCUCUUCCUGCUGUGAUUGGUAUAUCAGAUACAGUUAUUGAGGAUCGGUUUGGUGUAGAACAUGGAAGUAAUGAGUGGUUUGAGGCGUUGGACCAACAUUUUAAAUGGCUACUUCAAUAUAAAAUUAGUCCGUACUUCUGUAGAUGGGGUGAUAGCAUGCGUGUUCUGGCGUAUACAUGUCCAUGGCCAGCUAAUCAUCCAAAAGCAGAUGAAUACUAUUCAGACCCAAGACUGGCUGCAUAUGCUGUUCCUAUUCGUCCAGUAGUAUCAUGUGUUGAUGCUGGGCCCAAUUUUUUGCAGAAAGAGAUUGAUAUACUGAAGGCUAAAGACCAUUGGAAGAAAGCGUAUUUUUAUUUGUGGGAUGAGCCGCUAAAUGUGGAACAUUUUAAUUCAAUAAGAAAGAUGGCUAGCGAGAUUCAUGCUUUCGCUUCAGAUGCAAGGGUUUUGACUACUUACUAUUGUGGUCCUGGUGAUGCACCUCUGGCCCCUAAUUCAUUUGAGGCGUUUCUGAAAGUCCCGAAAUAUCUGCGGCCUCACACUCAAAUUUACUGUAUAAGUGAAUGGGUACUGGGUAAUCGAGAUGAUUUGGUGAAGGACAUUGUUGCAGAACUGGAGAAGAAUGAGGAAUGGUGGUCAUAUGUUUGUAUGGGACCAUCUGAUCCUCACCCUAACUGGCACCUAGGAAUGAGAGGUACCCAACAUCGUGCAGUCAUGUGGCGCAUAUGGAAGGAAGGUGGAACUGGUUUCCUGUAUUGGGGAGCUAAUUGCUAUGAGAAGGCCUCAGUUCCUAGUGCAGAGGUAAGAUUUCGACGUGGACUUCCUCCUGGAGAUGGUGUUCUAUAUUACCCUGGCGAAGUGUUCUCAUCUUCAAAAGAGCCCGUAGCUUCUCUGAGAUUAGAACGUCUUUUAAGUGGUUUGCAGGACAUUGAGUACCUAAAGCUAUACACGUCCCGUUACGGAAGAGAUGAAAGCAUUUCGUUACUGGAAAGAACUGGAGUUUAUGCAGCUCCUGAACGUUAUACGUACGAGCAUGUUCCUAUAGAUAUGAUGCGUGGGGAGAUAUACAACAAGUGCAGAUCUUUGUAACUUAACUUUGUUGUUGCAGUAUCAACUUUUUGAUAUUGGAGUUAAUAUAUUCAUUCUCUGCUUUAAUCUGCUUUUAUAUGUAAAGCAGAGCUGUCUUAUAAGUUGCCAAAUGCUGGUUCUUUUGCAUAUAAUGGCCAACUACGCAGGUAGUUGAUUUGCUCGAAUUUGUGGAGACUGUAAUUUCGGCAUGAAGUGUAUGUGCAUAUUAUGCUAUUGCUUACUCUUUUUAGUGGAGCUUGUGAACUACU